AGGGACUUGACAUAUGAAGCGACAGGAUGAAGACUUUAUAUACCCCCUCCUCACUCUCCUCUCACAGUCUGUCCAACUUCACUUCCUCAACUCUGCCGGCCCCUUCCUCUCUGGUCAUAGGUCUCAUGGAGAUGGAUUUCUAUGCAAUGAAGAGGAAGCAACUUCAAAGACUCUGCAAAAAGCAUAGCAUCCCUGCAAACAUAGGGAACACAGAAAUGGCUAACAGGCUUACUUUGCUUCACAAGGUUCAGAUACAGAAGGUGAAGAAAGUAAGCUUCAAUCCUGAGAAUGAAAUAUUUUUCUUUGUGGCUACGCCCAAAUAUUCAUACUCCAGUUUAAAGAAGAAACGGGUGCAAAAGAGGAAGUCCAGGGUGAAGCAAGCUUCAAAGAAGCAGGUUCAGCUUGCUGAAAAUGGGAGAGAACUUGAACUCUCGGUGAGCAUAAUUGUUACCCCAGUUAGACAUAUAAGAUCUCGUGCACAGAGAAUGCAACAAGGUGAUGCAGAAGCAAUGUGUUUGCCUUUUUCUGCGCAGAAGAAAGUCAGAAGCAUUGAGGAAAAUGUAGGUGGUGAUAAGCCGCCUCUGAAGGUUAAGUUGAGUGAGGGAGUUGGUGGUGAUACAAAAGAUUCUAUUUCGAGUGGAGUAUUAAUUUAUAAAAAACUGAGAAGCAGAAUGGUGGUGUGUAAAUAUGGUGGAGAUUCAAUGGUUUCGAAGAAGAAAAUUAAUGCAGAGAGUGCUGUUGAAGCAAUUGUGCCAAAAGGUGGAAGACUACUGUUUUGAGUGAGAAAUUGGAAGAAAUUGAUCGUGGUGGUAUGACUUGGACUCCGGUUCAAGGGGUUGCCUAUUGCUAAUCAGAUGAGGCCAGCUUUCCAGUAGAGUUGUGUUUUGUAUUGUCUAGUGUAGUUAAAUCAGGUUAGAUAUGCAUGGUUUCUGUGGCAGGUGAUGUAGGAUCAUAGUUUUUGGAUCUGUUUCUGAAACAAGAACUUAAGGUACUCAGGUCAUUAGAUAUGAAUUGUUAAGGGGGUGGUUUGGAGGUGAUAGUUUUUUGUUAAAGCCUUUACCUUAUUUCAGUUGUUGCUCAGAACUUA